AUGUCGGGCUCGUUCCAGCUGGAGCAGAACUCGGUGAUCAAGACGGCCCCCGGGCCGAGGCAGCUGGAGAUGAAGCACGAGCCGAUCGAGCAGCUCCUCCCCAACCCCCUCUCGUCCAGCUUUCAGGUUCAGGACCUGACCAAGAUGCAGCUGAACCCCGACUACUACCAGACGCAGAACAUGCGCGGCUACUCCGUCUACCAGGAUUUUAACACGCUGGGCGCGUUGAGCAACAACGGCCUGCUCUCACAGUCAAAUGGGCUCCCGGCAGCGUAUUACUACCCUCAGAACGUGAUCCAGCAGGAUUGGACGCGACAAGACUCCUACCAGCAACAAUACCGCACCUCGGCCCUCCAAUAUGCCGCCGAUCCCCAGGUCCACAAUGACACCCGGGCUUAUAAGCUUCCGGUGACGGACAUGCCCUCUCCGGUCGACUCCGGAAUCGGCGCCGACCUGUCGAUGAUGACGACGACGAAGGACGAAUUCUUCGCCACCGCCGACUCGAUGAGCCUCGAACGGCCAGAACGAGCGCUCAGCCAUCGUGAUUCCCCCAUCAUCAUCCCCAAAUUGCACAACACCCUCGGCUUCCAGUAUGUGCUCGAGGCGCCCAUCUCGACGUCAAUUCGAAAAGAUGACGAUCGAAUGACAUAUGUCAACAAGGGACAAUUUUACACCGUAACCCUCGACUACAUCCCCGACCCCCUCAAGCCGUUGAAGAGCCAGAUUGUCAAGACGCACCUAAUGGUGGUGUUUCGGGACGAGAAGACGUACGAAGAGGAGAUCAAGACGUGGCGGUUAUGGCAUCAACGGCAACAUUCACCAAAAGCACGCAUACUCGACAUUGACCUGAAGAACAGCACCGGGAUGACGUCGCCCAUCACCGAGAAGGCCAACAACGCCUACGAGUUUUUGUGGAACCCCACCGAAUCUCCGGUCAAGAUCUGCAUCGCCGUCCAGUGUCUCUCUACCGACUUUUCAAAUCAGAAGGGCGUAAAGGGCCUCCCCCUCCACGUGCAAAUCGACACGUAUGAUGAGGACGACGCAAAUCAACGGCCAUUCCACCGGGGCUACUGCCAGAUUAAGGUCUUUUGCGAUAAGGGGGCCGAGCGCAAACUGCGUGACGAGGACAAGCGGGCGCAAAAGCGCAAGAUGGCAGGUUCCCUCGCCGGCCGAAAGAAAACGGAUGGAGAAUAUCACGAGUCGUGCGAUCGCUCGGAGUUCUACCACAUGCGCGAGCUGGACAAGCCGGCCGCCUUUUUCAUCGCCCCCGAGGACUACGACCGUAAGUUCAUCGACGGCGCGCCGAUCGGUUACGACCUCGACAUCGAGACGACAGCCGGCAGGAGACGGAUGGAACGAUUGAUGUUGUACGUGAAGAAGCAAGAAGAGAGCAUCUACCUCCCACUGCACAUCGUCCCGCCCAAUCUCAGCGGCCUCGUCAUCGGCAUCUCCAACAAGUUUCAAAUCGAUGCCGAGAAGAUCUCCGGCGUCUACAAGCGGUGCGCCAAGGGGAUUACGGUACGCAUGGACGACGACAUGUUGCGGCACUACGAGAACGAGGAGACGUUUAUCAUCGACGUCGAGACGAGCCCGGAUGACCCGUCGAUGUACUCCAUCUUCCUCAUCGAAAAUCCACCCAGCGGCCCGGCGCCCAUCUACGAUCACCAAGCA